UUCAAAAUCAACAUCACCAAAAAAAUCAUCAACAUUUCAUAAUACUCUGAUUCAUAACAAACAUCUCUCCUUCACCAAAAAAUCUCACCAUCUAAAACUUAAUCUUGUCAAUAUCUUCUUUUCUUAAGAAAAAAAUUACACUUAAAAACAUGGGAUAUACAUACACACCAGCAUACUACUCAUCUUUGCAAGAUUCAAUCACUUCAAUCUGCAAAACAAUCCUUCCUUUCUCUUUCAAGAAGCGAAGAUUAACAGCAGCAGAACAGAAGCUUUCAAAGCAACAAUCUGAUAAUCUAAAAUGGCAGCAAAAUUCAUACCAUCAAAUCCUGAAUAUGAUGGGUCUUCAAAAAGAAGGCAUUUUAGCUGAAACUGAAGUUUCUGCUUUCAGAACUCACCUCCUUGAUACCCUUAUCGCUUCUAAGGGACCCCACAAUGAGCAGCCUUCUAUUCUGAGGGAUAAGCUCCUUUUUCUCCAGGAGCUGCUAUAUGCAAAAUGCAUAUCUGCAGAGGACUACCAUGCAUCAAAACGGCCGUUGCUACAGAGACUAGCAGUACAAGGAGCCGAGCUCGAGGCGAGGGACGUGAUCGUUGGAGGACAGAAACAGCCAGAAAAAUCAGAGGAAGAGGAAUGGUCGGUUAUUGAUUUAAAGGACGAGCAGAGUUUGAUUAACAAGGAUAAUUCAAGCUCCAAGAACAAAUCUAAGCAUGGGGUAUCAGCAGUGAAACACAUAAAAGAUGCAGCCUCAGUUUUCGGGUUUGGGUCUUUCCAAAAAUUGGGGAAAACCAAAGAACAGAAGAGUAUUUUUGAUCUUCCUGCUGCAAGUAGUAAUCAAUUCCCAGUUGAUAAUGCAAGUAGUAAUCACAAUCAAACCCCAGAUGAUAACCCAUUUUGGAAUGACACUCACAAAGAGAGUGAAACUGAAACCAAGUCUAUUUUUAUGUCAGACAUCAGUCUAACAUCAUCAGACUCUGAUAAAUUUGGUGAGGAGCAAUGCCAUGGAGUGGAGAAAGGUAAGAGGGGAGCGUUUCGAGCUUUGUUUCAAGGAGAUAAAUCAGACGAAAGAGAAGCGAAAUUAGCUAAGAAGCAAUGGGGGUUUGAUGGGUUGAAGAAAUGGAAGAGGAGUAAUGUGGAAGAUGAUGAAAGUGAAACAACUCCUAUGCCACUUAGUGAGAGAUCAACUGAUGUAAGUGGUGUUUAUAUGCAAGGUCCUGAUACUAAACAGAUUAGAAGAAAGCUUAUUUCUGAUGGUUCUUCAUCUGGUUUUUACAUUGAUAAGGUUGUAGGGAAUAACAUAAAGAAGGAGCUGUCGCGAAUUCAAUCAGAACUGUCAAGCACAAAUCCGAACUUCCAGUUUUCGAAUGAUCAAAUGGAUGCUAUCUCCACAAAGCUGCCGGUUGACAAGUCUGAUCUUAAGCAAUUUUUUCCCAAGUCUUGGUGUGAACGAUAUGGUGACGUGGUGUUGGACGUGGUGAAGAAGGAAUUUAAAGAUCAUGUAGGAGAAAUGGAGAAUAUGCGUAAUACUACGUUGGAGAGGAGGUAUACCAGCUCCAAGAGAUGGACAACUUUUGAGGAUGAUGAGAAUUGCCAUCCUAAUCGAGUUUCUCCUGCAAACUCUAAAGCAAACUCCUAUUUCUAGUUCUUAACAACAUGAUUUGGCUUAUACAAAACUAUGUUUGUAAGGGUUAAUCUGUAUGUAUAACUCUUUAUCCGAUUAUUCUAAUUCAUUAUAUAUACAAGUAUAUUGAAGUAUUGCAAUCCC